AUGUUCCCCAUGUAAAUAACACAUCCACAAUUUCAGAAAAAUAAAGCUAGUAAAUCUUCACUUUUAUACUACCAAAUAUUCAACUAAAAUCCUUAUCUUAACAUCUACUUUGGCUGUCUGUUCUUUUUUAUUUGUUUGAUGGUUUGUUUCACAUCAGAUGGGUAAGGAGCCAGACAAUACUAACAAGGUUUGAGGGAGGCACCUCUCACACAUGUGCAUGAACACCCAAUCAUCAUGCUUUGAGCUACGUAGAAAAGGAUCCUUUCUGUUCUUACCUGAACUUUCCCCAUGGGUCUCAAGGAGAUAGACAAUGUAUUAUGUUAAAAAUGACAGAGUUAUUGUGGGUGAGCCUUAUUCUCCUACAGAACUUUUGGUCCUCCGCUGAGCUAACCACAGUCUUAUUCUGUUUCCCCUUAAUCCACAGGCAGAUGCUAGAAACAAGACAACCAAUGGUAUGGUAUUGCCCUGAGAAUAAUGAAUCAUUCAGGGUUUCAAGUGUCUGAGUUCAUCCUGAUGGGGCUCCCAGGCAUUCAUGAGUGGCAGCACUGGCUCUCCCUGCCACUGGCUCUGCUCUACCUCUUAGCUCUGGGUGCCAACAUCCUCAUCAUGGUCACCAUUCAACGUGAGCCCAUGUUACAUGAGCCCAUGUUCCAUUUUCUGGCUGUAUUGGCAGUGGUGGACAUUGGCCUGGCCACCACCAUCAUGCCCAAGACCCUGGCCAUCUUCUGGUUUGACGCCAAGGCCAUCAGCCUCCCUGAGUGUUUUGCUCAGAUCUAUGCCAUCCACAGCUUCUUCUGCAUGGAGUCCGGCAUCUUCCUCUGCAUGGCAGUGGACAGAUACAUAGCCAUCUGUCACCCCCUCCAAUAUCCUUCCAUAGUCACUGAAGCUUUUGUGCUCAAAGCCACAGGACUCAUGAUGCUCAGGAAUGGCCUGUUGACCAUCCCAGUGCCUAUACUGGCUGCACAGAGAAACUACUGCUCCAGGAAGGAAAUUGACCACUGCCUCUGCUCUAACUUGGGGGUUGUCAGUCUAGCUUGUGAUGAUAUCACCGUGAACAAAUUUUACCAACUGAUGCUAGCAUGGAUCCUGGUUGGGAGUGAUAUGGUUCUGGUAUUUUCUUCCUAUGCUCUAAUCCUUCACUCUGUGCUGAAGCUGAAAUCAGCAGAAGCAACGUCCAAGGCUCUGAGCACCUGUAGCUCCCACCUCAUCCUCAUCCUCUUCUUCUACACAGGUAUCAUUGUGCUGUCUGUCACACACCUUGCAAAGAAAAAUAUUCCCCUCAUCCCCAUACUCCUUAAUGUACUGCACAAUGUCAUCCCCCCUGCGCUCAACCCCAUGGUCUAUGCACUCAGGAUGCACGACCUCAGACUAGGCUUUCAGAGACUGCUUGCGCUGGGUGAAAAAGUGUCCAAGUGACUCCAGCUUUAGGAAACCAUUAAGUGUUAGGAAAUCACAGAGGUUUUAGCUCUCAAUAGACUUGGGUUGUAAUUUGUAAUCUCACUAGGGAAAAAAAUGGCCAAUAAAAUCAUGAAAACUGUCAGCCACAUGAAUCAAAAUAUGCAUAUUAAAAUUACAAGCACAUUUCCUACUAGAAAAUAAGAAUAGAGAAGUGAAAUGUCCCUAACUCUUGAUGCCACCCCAAGACUGACACUCUUAUACACAGCUGGGGGAACUGUAAAUUUGCCCAAAUAUACCAAGAAGCAAUUUGGCAAAAUUUAUUAAAAUGUUUGUAAA